UGCGAGCUGACCGGUGGCUCUCCGAAUCCCCCCCCCUCCCCAGCUGGACAGAGAUGAGUAGUCCCGAUGCGGGUUACGCCAGCGACGAUCAGACCCAGGCAAGGUGCGCGAUGUCAGUCAUGAUGCCUGGAAUGGGACACUGCCAGUGGGCCGACCCCCUCAGUCCCCUCGGGGACGCCAAAGUGAAGAGCGAGCCGUGCGCGUCCGGCUCCGGCGGCCAGAGCCGCGGGAAGAGCGAGCCGCGCAUCCGCCGGCCGAUGAACGCCUUCAUGGUCUGGGCCAAGGAUGAACGCAAGAGGCUGGCGCAGCAGAACCCGGACCUGCACAACGCGGAGCUCAGCAAAAUGCUGGGGAAAUCGUGGAAAGCCCUUCCUGUCACGGAGAAGCAGCCCUUUGUGGAGGAGGCCGAGCGGCUGCGGGUUCAGCACAUGCAGGAUCACCCCAACUACAAGUACCGGCCCCGGCGGAGGAAGCAGGUGAAGAGGAUUAAGAGGCUGGACUCUGGCUUCCUGGUCCACGGCGUCGGGGAUCACCAGGCCCUGCCCGUGGACAGUCUGGGCCUGGGCUACCACGAGCACGGCUUCCAGGUCCCGGCGCAGCCGCUCGGCCACUACAGGGAUGCUCCGGCCGUCGGCGGCCCCUCGUAUGAGUCCUACAGCCUCCCGACGCCCGACACCUCCCCCCUGGACGCCGUGGAGUCAGACUCCAUGUUCUUCCCUCCGCAUUCUCAGGAGGAGUGCCACAUGAUGCCUCCGUACCCGUACCACCCCCAGGCCCCCGAGUACCAGCCCCAGGACCCGCUCGGCAGCCACCACCACCACCACCACAGCAGCAGCAACGCCGUCCUGCACCGACACCCCGAGCAGCAGCCGCCGCCGCCCCCCCCUCAGCCCCCCUCCUACAUGGGAUGCCCCAACCCCCUGGCCAUGUACUACACCCAGCACUGCAGCCUCCCGAAGCGGCACCCCGGCGGCGCCGGGCAGCUCUCCCCGCCGCCCGACGCCCACCCCCACCCGGCGGACGGCGUGGAGCAGAUGCACCACUCCGAGCUGCUGGCCGAGGUGGACCGCAGCGAGUUCGAGCAGUACCUCAGCUCCUCCUCCUCCUCCUCGGCGGCGGCGGCGGCGGCGGGGCGCGUGGAGAUGACGGGCUUGCCGUUCGGGCCACACGAGGGUGGCAUGCAGGGACCAGACAGCCUCAUAUCGUCGGUGCUGUCAGACGCCAGCACAGCUGUGUAUUACUGUAGCUACAACAACUCCUAACCUCCCGCCCGGCUGCAAGGACCCGCGGUCUGACCCCAGACCCGUGCGGCUGCGCUUCAGCUCGGCGUUCGUUUCUGUUUCUCCUUCUCACUACAGACACAGGGUGCUCCUCAGAUUUUUUUAAUGCAGCUUUAAAGACUUUGUACUGUAUGUGUGGAAGAGCGGAGAAUAAAGCCAUAGGAUAUUUUGAUAUGAACACUGGUUUUAACAUUUCUCUUCUUGCAGGAAUAUGAAUUGUUUUUUGUGAUAAUAAGUAGUGUACAGUCACUAUUUUACAGUUUAUGUAUAAAAUGAAGGUGUUUUUUUUUUAUACUU